UCCUCCUCCCCCUCACCCAUUCCCCCUCGAGAACUAGGUCGCCGCCGCCGAGGGCGACUCGGCGGCCAAUGCAUUUGCUGCUCCCGUAGAAGCCGCCGCUGCGUCCCGCAGCAAUGGAGGCGGAGGCGCAGCGGGAGAUGGAGGCCGGCAACGCCGCCUACCGCAAGCUCUACCUCGAGACGGCCGUGCGCCACUACACCCGGGGCGCCCGCCUCGACCCCGGCGGCAUCUCCUUCCUCACCAACCGCGCCGCCGCCUACCUCCUCAUGGGCAAGUACAAGGAAUGCGUGAGGGACUGCGACGAGGCGGUGGAGAGGGGCAGGGAGCUCCGCGCCGACAACAAGCUGGUCGCGCGGGCGCUGUCGAGGAAGGCGUCGGCGCUGCUCAAGCUCGCCGCCUGCGCCGCGGACUACGAGCCGGCGAUCAGGGCGCUGCAGCAGUGGCUGGCCGAGCAGUACAGCGAGGACACGCUAGCCAAGCUGGACGAGGCGGAGAAAGCCAGGAAGGAGGUGGAGGAGCAGGAGCGACUCGAUCAGGAAGCUGCCGAUCACCACCGAGACAAAGGUUCGUGUGAAACGAUUUUUUUUAAUCAGAGAAAGUACCAGGAAGCAGCAAUGCACUAUACCGAAGCCAUGAGAAAGAACCCAAAGGAUCCCAGGCUUUCUUUUAGCAAUAGAGCUCAAUGCCACAUCUACCUAGGAGUAUUUCCUGAAGGUCUUGAAGAUGCAUGUAAAUGCAUUGAGUUGGAUCCUACUUUCCUGAAAGGCUAUCUGCGUAAAGCUAAAGUUCAGUUCCUUAUGAACAAUUAUGAAAAUGCUCUGGCAACUUACUUGGAGGGUUUGAAGUGUGACCCAAACAACCUCGAAGUUCUUGAUGGCUUGAGGAGAUGUGCAGCAUGCAUUAAAAGGGCUAAUGGCGGUGAUGCCAGCACAGAGGACUUGAGAGAGAUAUUGGGAGAUUUGCAUUUGAAUGAUGAUCUGCAUAAUAAACUGCAAAAAUGCAUGGAUGAAGCUGCACUGUUGAAGAAGGAAGCAUCUGACGAGCGUUUAAAGCGGAUUGAAUCUGAACGAUUGGCCAGGACAUUAGAAGACCUGUAUUUAAGCCAGGUCCAACAAAGGAAAGAAACGGGGGAAUCUCUUUCAAGGGUACAACAAGAGUUUGAACAACUUAAAAUGCAGCAAGAUGAGGUCACCGUGGAACUUCAGAAAGUCAAUGAGCUGAACGAGAAUCUACUAGGUCAACUCUCUGAAUCCAAAGAGUGUUUUGAAUGGCUUCUAUCGGAGCAUGAUCACUUGCUACAUGAACGAGAUAAUGCAGUCCGAGAGGUUGAAGAAUUACGUCGGAAAAGAGGCCAAAUGCUUUCAGUUUUGGUUACAGCGAUGCACUGUGAGUUUUCAUCAUCUGAACUGGAAUCUGCAACAGAAAAUUAUAGUAAUUCACUGAAGAUUGGAGAAGGAGGGUUUGGCUGGUAUAAAGUUAUCCUCCGAAACAUGACAGUUGCAAUAAAGGUGCUCAGACCUGAUAGUUUACAGGGGCAAUCACAGUUCGAACAAGAGGUUUCUAUCCUUAGUAGAGUGAGACACCCUCACCUUGUGACUCUCUUAGGAGCUUGCUUAGCGUCUUCAACACUUGUAUAUGAGUUCCUUCCAAAUGGAAGCCUUGAAGAUUUUCUUGUGUGUCCAGAUAAGAGGCAAAAUUUGACAUGGCAAGUUCGGAUUAGAAUUAUUGCUGAGAUAUGUUCAGCACUGAUCUUCCUGCAUAAGAAUAAACCUCACCCAGUUGUUCAUGGAGAUCUUAAGCCUGCUAACAUCCUCCUUGAUGUUAAUUUGGUCAGUAAGCUCAGUGACUUUGGUUUUUCUCGUCUCCUAAUCCAGUCCAGCACCAAUAACACCACCCUGUACCGCACCAUGCAUCCUGUGGGUACCCCUCUGUACAUGGACCCAGAAUUUCUUUCCACUGGAGAGUUGACACCUCAGUCCGAUGUUUAUUCAUUUGGGAUUGUAGUCUUGCGUCUGUUAACAGGCAGGCCUCCUGUUGGUAUAAAGAAGAUUGUGGAGGAUGCAAUGGAGAAAGGCGACUUGAAUUCUGUAAUUGAUACCUCAGUGGGAGACUGGCCUCAUCUGUACAUAGAACAGCUGGCAUACCUUGCUCUCAGAUGCACUGAGUUGAGCAGGAGGUGCCGCCCUGAUCUUUCAGGUGAGGUGUGGGAAAUAGUUGAGGGCAUAAGGGAUGCUGCAUUAUCUUCACCUUCAUCCUCUAGAUCAAUGCAGGAUCAGAACAGUGCACCAUCAUAUUUCAUCUGUCCUAUAUCUCAGGAUAUCAUGGAUGAUCCUCACAUUGCAGCAGAUGGAUUCACCUACGAAGCCGAUGCCAUCAGGAGUUGGCUCUGCGCUGGUCAUGACACAUCUCCAAUGACCAACUUGCGACUUGAACACGAGGAACUCAUCCCGAAUCGUGCACUACGUUCUGCUAUUCAGGAGUGGCUCCAGCAGCACAACAUGGCGCUGUAGCCAACUUCCUCCCAUAUGUGAAGCAAGUGGUACCAACUGUAUAGAAUUAACAGACCCCUAAGGCAAGUUCGGUAUGCCUUCUUUAUGCAGGUAUGUAACUAGUAUAGUAGCAUGUAAUGUGAAGGCAGUGUUGGGCAAAGCCCAGUAACUUCGAUAUGUAGUGAGGACAAAACCUGUAUGCGUGUAGUGUAGGUAUGGCUAUGACUCUUGAGGACAACUAAUGUCGAAUCUUAGUUUGAUAAUGUGUAUAUCAACCGUAAUGUUGCAUGUGC